AUGCAAGAGGACCAGGGAGCACCACCUGAAGAGGAUGGCCAUUCUGUAGUUAUUCCUAAUCAUCUGCAAGCCCAGAUCGCAAACUGCUCACACUUGAGCUUUGGUAGCUUUGGAUCUGGCAUUGGUACUGCCUUUUCCGGGCCUUUUGCAUCUAGGCCGUUGAAAACUAACUUGGAUGAGGCACCUACAGAUGCAGAUGCUUCAUCAGCGGGGCAGUCGAACACAAGAAAUUCCGAGUACUAUGGGGAUGAUUCUGUCAUAACUGCCUCAGAUGGUGAUUUAGUUCUUAGACCCACUGCAAAUUCUGGGAGUUAUGAUUCACCUGCUGCUUCACAACCAGAAGUGUUUAAGCAUGAAAACCCAGAAGUGGCACAUGGAAAUCAAUACAACUUUCCCUCAUCUACACCAGAUUAUGCUUUUGAAAAUGUCCAAGAAUUGAACAAUGCACUCAGUCAAUCUCAAGCAAACUCUCAGAUGCAAAAUCUUGCUUCCUUCUCAAGUGUAAUGCCAGAAUACACCAAUUCGUUACCAAGUGCUUUGUUGGCAGCAAAUGUUCAGUCUGUGAGAGAUUCUGAUCUUUCUUACUCACCUUUUCCUAUCACACAAUCAACAGCUACAAAAUAUGGAAACACUGUGUCUUCCAUUGGCAGUUCAACUAUUGCUGGUCCAGAGGCUUUGAAGAUGGUUGGUUUUUCAUCAACACAGCCUACUCCACAGACUGUGUCUGGAACCAGCAUUGCUACAGGACCCGCCUUUCCUCAGCAACUUGGUGUGCACCCAUAUUCCCAACCUACUCUUCCUUUGGGACCUUUUGCAAAUAUGAUUGGAUACCCUUUUCUGCCUCAGAGCUAUGCAUAUAUGCCAUCCGCAUUCCAGCAAGCAUUUGCUGGUAACAGCACGUACCAUCAAUCUUUGGCAGCAGUGCUCCCUCAAUAUAAAAGCAGUGUUUCUGUCAGCAGCUUGCCCCAGUCUGCUGCUAUUGCAUCUGGGUAUGGUGGCUUUGGGAGUUCAAACACCAUCCCUGGAAGCUUUCCAAUUAAUCCACCUGCGGCCCCUGCAGGCACGACCAUAGGCUAUGAUGAUGUUAUGAGUUCUCAGUACAAGGACAACACUAAUUUGAUGUCUCUUCAGCAGAAUGAAAACUCCCCUAUGUGGCUACAUGGGCCUGGUUCCAGAACAAUGUCAGCUGUUCCAGCCAGCACCUAUUACGGUUUCCAGGGGCAGAGUCAGCAGCCUGGUGGAUUUCGGCAGGGUCAGCAACCUUCACAGAAUUAUGGAAGUCUCGGCUACACCAAUUUCUACCAUUCUCAGCCUGGAAUCUCACUGGAACACCAGCAGCAAAACCCUAGAGAUGGGUCCUUCAGUGGUUCUCAGGGCCAACCUAAGCAAUCCCAACAGAUAUGGCAAAACAGCUACUAAUGACACCCUGGUUUUUCUGAGUCUUGUGAUGAGUUCGAAAGUGGCCAACCAAGGUACUCUCGCAGUUGAAUAAUCUAAAUCCAUGAUGUUCCCAAGAGUACUUGACUGGCUGCUGCCCUGUAUCGGGUAUUUUAUGUGUUUAUUGUUGGCUAAUGUAAGGUAGGAACGCUCGUGCUAAUUAAUUUGGAUUAGUGAACAUUGGUAUUUAUGCGUAUUUUUUUUCGCUGCUUAGUUUUCCACGUUUACCUUUUUUCACCUUGUAAUGAGAAGCUGUGUUCGCAAGUCCUUUGUAAUUUUGAUGUUACUGUGAAAUUAAUGCUAAAGUUACCAUUU